AUGAGUGAUUCUUCAUCUUAUUUUGACAUUUAAGGCAAAGGAAUAUGGGAAUAAUGCUAAAAUACGCUCAAUGAAGAAGAUAUACUAUACAAAGGAGUAUUGCAAUUUCACAACAAAUCAACGCAAUUUUGCUUAACUCAAUAUGAAUUGUUUCGUUUUAAAAAAAAUGGAGAAUUAAAAAAAAUAGAACUCUUAACAACUUCAAUUUCGCUAUUAAAUGAUAAUACAAUUUUAUUAUAAAAGAACCACAAAUAGGUAUUCUUAAAAUCAACUCCUUAAAACAUCAAGUUUUGGUUUGAACAGAUAAAAAAUAAGUGCAUACAAAAUAACUUUAGAUUAGAUUAUGAUAUAGGCGAGCUGAUUGGUCAAGGACAAUUCGCAAACGUAUAUAAGAUAAAGAGUAAGAAAAAUAAUCAAAGUUAUGCACUAAAAGUAUUCUAGAAGGUGGCUUUAAAGAAUCUAAAUGUAGAUAAUGUAUCCGUCGCUAAAGAAAUUUAAAUAAUGAGAUAACUUAAACAUCCAGGAAUUAUCAAAAUUUAUGAGGUUUAUGAAGACAAAGAGUUUAUUUGUAUUGUUAUGGAACUGAUGCAAUAUUCAAUGAAAUAAUAGAAAAAAAGACAUACUGAGCAUUAGUGUGCGUAAAUCAUGUUGCAAUUAUUCAUGGUAUUGCAAUAUAUACAUGAUCGUAAAAUCAUCCAUCGAGACAUUAAACCAGACAAUAUCUUAUACAAGAAUCAAGACACAAUUUGUAUCUGUGAUUUUGGUCUUGCUGAUUACUACAACCCAAUGUCUGUAUAUCAAUACCAGAGAUGUGGCACUCCCGGUUAUGUGGCCCCUGAAGUCUUGAGAGAUUAGAAAUACGAUUUUAAGGUAGAUGUGUAUUCAGCAGGAAUCAUAUUAUAUACUCUCCUUGUAGGCAAGUAACCCUUUGCUGCCCACUCUUAAAAUAAGGUUGUUCAACUUAAUUAUCAUGGCAAAAUUGAUUAUGCACAAGUCAAAGCAUCAGAUUUAUGUCUUUCUUUCUUAAAAUCAGUAUUAUCUAUAAAUCCAUAAGCGAGACCUUCAGCUUAUGAGGUCUUACAUCAUGAGUGGUUUUUCAAAACACUUGGUGAGUCUAAUUAUUUUUAAUUGCUCAAUAACAAUGGACAGCAAGUUCAACCCAUCCAACCCAUUUCAAAAGAAAUUUAGAAUUUCCAAGCCAUACAAUCUAUGAUGGAUGAAGAACAGGAUGAAUCAAGCAAUAGCAAAAUUUAAAUAGAGAUUCCUCAACCCACCACUUAACAUCGAACUAAUAACAACGCCUCUUAUUAGAGUUCUAUUCCAUAAUAAUAGUAGCCCCAAUAAUAAUUGUAAAUAGCUAUAGAUAAUAUAUAAGAGGCUAUCAAUAAAAUCAAAAUUAAUCAGUAAGUAAGAGAAUUAAAUUACUUGACUCAAACGCUUCAUAUGUAACAUAAAGAAAUGUCAGGCAUAGAUUGA